AUGGCCUCCGCUGAAUCUGAACCCCACGACAUCAUCGUCAUCGACGAUGAUACUGACGCAGAAACGGUCGCCCUUCAUUCCCCGUCACAAGAACUAUGGAGAAAAAGGCGCCAUACGGACUAUAGCUUUUCAGAGUAUGAGGCUCUGUUUGAUGACCCCACGCUCCCUGAUGCCUCUGCACCCACAGCAGCGGCCGCGAACCAGGAAAUCCAUGCGGUAUUUGAAGUGGAGUCCACGGAGAUCAAGGCGCUCAAAGCAGAAGUGCGGCAUCUGAAGCAGCGGAACAUCGAGCUGGAAGCCAAGCAGCGUGCGGAGCUGAGCAGGAAAAAAGAGCAGAUCCGCACGCUGAAGGCUGAGGUCAAUGAUGUCUCCAUCAAUCAUUGCUUCCAUGGUAGCAUUAGGCUUGGCAAAAUUCACGUGCCUCUGGGAACUUUCACCUGCCAGGCCCACAUGGCAAAACUCAACCCCGCGGCUCGCUUCUAUGUCAGGCAUCCUCACAAGAAGAUUCCUCUGGUCGGGCCUCCCGGCUCGCGCGGUGACUUGAAAAGAAUCUCAUAUUUCACAAAAUCCCUCAAGAACCACCAGGAACUUACUCAGAGAAAGUGUUUAGAAAUCAGCUGA